UGACACACAGUCAGAGCAGAGCAGAGCAGAGAGAGGCUCUCUCCAGAUCGGUGCCAGACGCACGGAGGACUUUUGUUUUUGCGCGACUUGUUCAACGUUUGAGAAGUUUUUUUUAAAUAACUAUAUUAAGAGUUGUUUGUUACUUACUCUGGUGUCAAGUGUGGCCUAUUUAAAUUGUGUUUCUUUUUGACGCUUAUUUGGAAUAUUAUCGGGAUUUAAAGUUGGAUACUGUCACUACGCGCAGAAGUCAUCCAGGAAAAGUUUCCCAGGGAUUGUUUCAUUUCGACCGAGGAGCGCGCAGCAGCUGCUCGCAGCGCUUCAGGAGAGAGAGAGAGAAAGAGAGAGAGAGAGAGACUUGUCAGUGCGACUUCGUCCGGGCUGAUUUCAAUUGUACUGAGCGGUCCCAGAAAUGGUGGGGCACCUACAUUUACAAGCGAUGGAUGAUAGUCUAAAAGGAAAGAACCGAGAAGGGCUACUCGACAGUCCGGAUUCGGGUCUGCCACCCAGUCCCAGUCCGCCCUUCUGCUCCCUCUCUCCGGGUCUGAUCGAGUCGCGCUCCGGCAGCUGCACGACGCCCGUCGAAAGCCAUCAUGGAUUUUAUAAAAAGGAAAACAGAGAAGGCAAACUGCUGCCCUACCUGCUGCUGAACUCCACAGGGACGGACCCAAAGACUCGCAUGCACCCUGUGUUCUUUGGAGAAAGCAUCGAGGUCAACCCCAAACCAGAACAGGAGAUCAAGUGCAACUCAGAGGUCAAGUACGACUCCGACAAGCAUUACCGGGACCAGGUCUACUGCGCCCCUGUUCCAACUGCAACCUCCUUCAGUGAGACAGUGGUGGCUGUGCGAGACUGCACCUGGAGGAGCUACAAGUCCCAGGUGUACCUGGAGCCACGGCAGAAGCCCAUCAGCUACCGGAGCACCACCAUCAUCUACCCGAAACACGCAAAGAACACUUACCGCACUACGCUCAACUACAAUGCUACUGGGUCACGCCGCUGGUUUGUGUCCACGGUGCAGCUGGAGUCAAGCGAGGAUACGAGUCCCUGUAUCAUCUACACAGAGGACCUGUAGAGCCCAGACUAGAGAGAGGACGUCCUGGUCUUCUUGUUUUUUAUUUGGAGGACGAGAAACUUUGAAGGCCCGAUUUGAAAGGGAAAUACUUUAAGUAACAUCUGGAUUCUCUACUCUGUUCAAUAUGGAGGAAACUCUAGUAACCCUUUAGUGAUUCUUCACCUGAGUGUAGACUCUCUUCUGAUGCAGUCUUUAAAAAGGGGAGGGGGUCCUUUGGCUGUUUCAACAGUUAAUGUCUUAUUUAAUACAAGAGUUGACAAAUUGGUGGCCUUUGCUCUCCUUCCGGUUGGAGUGAGGGCAGAAACAGAUGUGUUUUUAUAUAGAGGAAAGUCAUGAUGGUAUAUGUCGUGGAUUUAAGAUGAGUCACACCAAUGCAAAGCUUUCUAAUGUGGCUUUAUUGCACUUGUUUUCUGAAUAUCAGCAGUCCUCUCAGUGGACUCGACAUUGCAGGAGGUUAUUUCAGUGCUGCAUAUGAAAAGUUGGACCAAAGAUAGUUUGAACAGUAUUGUUUUUGGAUCACCUCGACAUACCGAGACACAAGACUUUGAUCAAGCAUUUGACCGAGAUAAAAUGCAUUUUUCAAUUUUUCCACAGGCAGAAUAGUCUCCAGGGUAAGGACUGGUGUUUAAUCAAAAGGACGAAAGCACAAUAAAAGGGACAUUUUUCUAUCCUCUAAAACUUGGUUUCAAAUCUUAAAGGUUCAAUGUGUUAAAAUGAGAUCUAUUUUGCGAGGUGAGUCAUUAUCUUUAUAAGUAAGUUUUCAUUUGUGUAUAAUCACUUAAAAAUAGUUUUAAGAAAUGUUUGCAAUAUUGUUCAAAGAAGCCAUAAAUGGACAAACCAAACUCUGACUUUGGAGAUGGCCUUUAAAUUGUACAAUUGUUUAAGUCACAAUCUCCCAGCUAUUAGUGUCUCUCUCUAUUGAAUAUUAAACUGGGUAAGAUAAACUUAUCUUCUAUUGAACACUUUGAUUAAGAGACUGUCAGAUUUAAGGCUGUUUUUGUUCAAAGGUCUUUAGGAGGUGCAGAAGGGUUGAAUAGCAACAAUCAAGAAGUUUGGGUAUUAAAAAAACUAUCCUUGUUAUUUAUUAAGAGUUAAGACAUUCAUUUAAUCUGUUUAGUUGGGGCUUUGGUGGGACUUCAUCCUCUGUAGUUAGAGGAUGUUGAUUGGGGCCUUUAAUGAUGACAAUCAUUAUUUUGUUUUUCAGUCAGAUGAUGGAGCUGUUCACAAAAAAACCUGAAAUUGAGGGAACCAUCAGGGAAAAGUUUUUUUACUUUUAAAUACUUCUUUGUUGAACACUAAAACAUUAAUUAUUUUAACUGCAAUUGUUCCUGGAUGGUUUAGUUCUACAAGUAUUUGAUGACAAUCUUUUUCAACUUCAAAUGAUGUAAAAGCUGUUCUGGAUUAAGUCUGCACCAGCUGUAUGUGAAGUCAAGUUCUCUUUGAUGUAAUUUUGUUCCUCUAAGACUGUGAUGAAGACAUUUGAGAAUUUAAAGGUAGACACAUGAGAUUAAAUGCAGAUACAAAGUGUCUUAAAACUGUUGAGGUAGAAAAAAAAAUGUGUGGAUUAAAAAAGUUUGUGUCAAAAAAGUCAGACAGUAAACAAACAGUUGAAGUGACAAAAACAGAUGAGGUGGCAAAAAACAAUUAAGGGUGCAAAGAAACAGUUCAAGUGACAAGUUUAGUGAUGUAGUCACAUCACACUAAAGUGUGUGCAAGAUUAGGAUAAGUCGAUAGUUUCAGACUAUGAAGAUAAAUGAUGAUACACAAAACCUGAUACUGUUUUAGCCAUUAAAGAUAAAGUUUAUGCUAAGUCAUUUAGCAUAUCGAUUUCCCCCACAAAUAAGACUUUAAAGAGGCAGACAAUAUAUAAAACUGAAGUAUCUGUCCUUGUUAAUAUACUUGUUAAUAACCUAUACUUGCUUCAGUUAAUCUAUGUGCACGUUGAGAUGUUUGGGGUUUAAGCUAACCUAGCUAACAUCAUUUGGUCGUUUAGUCUUAGCAUUAACUUUGGUAAUUUAAGGCUUGUUGUGAAACGCUAUUAAAAAUCUUUAGUUUCAGGUUAUUGGCUUCAUACAUAUCAAAUAUUACCUCUAAUUUUUCACUCUAAGCUGCUCUUAACAUUUUGUACAUUAGCAAGCCAACGUUAGCUUUGUCAUUUGGUCUUGUCAGUGUAGCCAACACCAGGCAGUUAUUGGCAACAAAUACAAAUAUUUAAUUGAAACCAAUAUCUAUUAAACUCACACUGGUGGACCGUUUGGUUUGAACUUAGCUUGAAAUUACAAAUAGCUGGUGCAACUGAUUGUUUCGUGUUGUUUUCAGGUACCAACAGGUUGUCAUAUAAGGCAGUUUCUGAUUCAAUGAAUAAAUGACAUGUAAAAAGGGGAGCAGUGAAACCUGAGUUCCCUGCUGAAGAUGUAAAAUAGAUUUUAAUUGAGUGUUUCCAUGACUUUUUGUUGGGUCUUUCUUUUAUGCACUCACCAGACACUUAAUGAGCUACAACUGUACCAUUUAACAUUUGUGAUGGAGACAAUUUAAACUGAAAUACAAGCAAUGUAGAGAAAUAAUUCUAGGCAGAGCAACUCACAUCACAUUAAACUGUACAUUCGGACCUAAUGAAGUAGUUGGAGAUAUAUAGUUUGUAUUCAAAAAAUAAGAUAACUCAUCAUGGAAAAUAUUGAAACUUUGGAAUUUACCUCAAAUUGUCUUAGAUAUGAGUUUUAUUUCUUUACAAAUGUGUUUCCUGACUGUCCUUCGAGGUCUUGAGUUUGCGUUGGUGGUGUUGUUUUUCACGAUUUAAAUGCCCUGCGGUUCAGUGUAGGAGAGAUGUGGAUGGCAUAAAGCUGAGGUGAUGCAUCAGUACUGUGCGAUAAGGUGCUGUGUUUCAAAGAGGGGAACUGUAAGUGAAGAUAAACCAAGAGCAAGAUGAGAAAAGCAAUCUGCUCUUUCCGAAGACAAUUUGGAGAGGAUUAUUUUUUAGAAGGCUCUUUAUGAAAAAUGGUUACGUUCUGGGUGAGGUGACGGAGAAGGUGAUGUAGAGUUUUGUUAUGUGUUGGUGGUCUGUGAGAUGUCAGAGAGUGAUGGGAGAAAGUUGGUGGGUGUUUAAAACGUUGGUGGUUUUGUGAGAGAUACUUUUGUGUUUCCGAACACUUGAUUUUUGUAACUGUAAAAUAUUUUCCUCUUGUAUAUGUGGCAUCGAGGCACUUCAUAAUUCUCUUUAUAUUUUUGUACGUCAAUCAUUGCUCCUGUUCUGAUCCAAGGACAUAAUUUAAAAAGAUGUAUAUCCUUAUUGAAUAAAAAAAGAAUUCCCAAACCCUAA